AUGCAACAAAAAAUUCCGAUUGUAAUUAUUACUGGUGCUGGACUAGGAGGACUUUCUUUUUAUCAUGCUUUGAUAAAGAACAAAGAUAAAAAAGAAUUUAACGUAAAAAUUUUUGAAAGAGAAUCUGGUCCUCAAGGUAUAGAAACGAAUAUUUUUCAUAAGAAAAACUUUCAUGUUAACUCGUUGUUUCCUACUCUUUCCAUAUUAAAAAAAGAUCGAUGGCAAGGGUAUCAUAUAAGUAUAAACAAUUUCGGAGCUCGAUCCCUUGUAAAUUGUCUUCCCUCAUCGGUCGCUUCAAACCUUCCAAAAGCAAUGCCAAAUCCGAUUCCUGAUGUAGAACGUCAUGGAUUUUCACUCUCCGAUCAUACAGGAUGUCUAUUAUUAAAACCACCAUCUAAACUAGCUAAAGACGUUUAUGGGGUCGCAAAUGCUUCCGGUUCUUCGGAAAUUAUUACUUAUCGUGAUAGACUUAGAGAUGUUUUAUUAGAAAAUGUACCAGUUCAAUGGGGUAAAAAAUGUAUUGGAUAUGAGGAAACUGAAAAAGGCGUUUGGGUAUUUUUUGAGGAUGCUUCGAAAGAAUUUUGUGACAUUUUAGUUGGUGCAGAUGGGAUAAAUUCUCCAGUUCGAAAACGAAAAAUACCCGAAUUACAAAUUUUUGAUUUUGGAAUAACUCAAAUUAAUGCGGAUGUAGCCAUACCUAAGAGUUUAAUAGUCAGAUUAAUUAAAAUCAUUGGAAACAGCUUAUCUCAGAAAACUAUUGGAUUAAAUGGAGAUGUCAUCCUUAUUAUUUACCGCUUGAUUCCAAUCGAACAAGAGCAAGAACAAAAGGAUAAAUGUGAACCUCACUACAGGGUAACAUUAAUUUUUAAUUAUCCUACUAAAUUAGAUGAUAAUGUCGAAAGUGACAAAAUUAAAGUUGAUGAUAAUGAUCCUGCAUCAGUUAUCGAUCAUGUUAAAUAUAUGAUUCGAAAGUUAAGACCAGAAUGUGAAUUUACUAAUAUUUUGUUAGAAUUGUGGAGUUUGGUUCCUAGAACAGCUCCUGAUCCUAAAAAUUAUUUAUUUAAAACUUAUAAUCCUGUACAACGUAGACAGAUUCGAGAUAUUGAUCCAUUAUCUGUCAAUGUAUGGACAAGUAGUAGAGUUACAUUAUUAGGAGAUGCUGCUCAUGCUAUGAGUCCUGUAUUAGGAUUAGGAACAAAUAAUGCUAUUAAAGAUGCUGAAGUUCUUUCUCAAGCAUUACUUAAUUAUUCUCCAGAAAAUUAUAUUUCAUGUAUUAAAGAAUAUGAAAAUGAAAUGCUAAAACGAACAUCUGCAGAUGUGCUAAGAGCUAGAUCUUCUACAUUAAAACAAUCUUCGCCAGUCGGAUAUUUUGGCUCUAUUUUUAGAAAUAAUUACAUGAAGACUGUAAAUUUUAUCAUGAAUACCUUUUAUUAUGAUUAUUUUUCUAGGAAAUAA